AUGACGGUUCAAAGCAUUUUUUCCCAAUUAACCAAGGAAGAAGAUGAUCCAAUAAUUAAAACUAUGCAAGAGUACACUAGAGACCCAAAUCCUGGUAAAAUAGAUGUAAGUAUAGGAGUCCAGAAAGAUAAAUCAGGUAAAUGCUAUGAGUACCGUUCAAUAGCCGAAGCAAAACAUAUUUUGGCGGAGAAUGAUCCAGGCCACAACUAUACCAGCAUGGCUGGUAUUGGCGAUUUCGUUUCUGGAGCACAACGUUUGAUCUUUGGUGAUGAUAUUCUUGCUGAACGAGGGAGCAACAUUGCUUCAAUUCAGGCAAUUUCUGGGACUGGAUCAUUGCACAUUGCGAUGCUCUUCUACAAGACAAUAGGUUUGACCGAGUAUUACAUUGGUGUUCCAACUUGGCAAAACUAUGGACCAAUGGUGAAACACAUUGGUGGGGAAACACACUAUUAUUCGUAUUAUGACGAGUCCACGAAAUCAGUUGAUUUUAAAAGUAUAUUGGCCACAUUAAACUCAGUUCCCGUUCAUUCUGUUUUCUUAUUCCAAACAUGUUGUCAUAAUCCUACAGGGUCAGAUUUCACACAUGCUCAAUGGCAAGAGAUUAGCAACAUUAUGAAACAAAGACGGCUUAUUCCAAUAUUUGAUACAGCAUAUCAGGGACUUGGAUCUGGAGAUUUGGAUGCCGAUGCAUGGCCUAUCCGUUAUUUUUUCAACCAAGGUUUUGAAUUUGCCGUAUGUCAAUCAUUUUCCAAGAACAUGGGACUCUACUCAGAGCGUGUUGGGUGUGUCCAUGUUGUGCUUCAAGAUUCUGGGUAUUUGCCUGCAGUGCAAAGUAACUUGGUUGCAUUAUUCCGCAAGGAAUGUUCAUUUGCACCCGCAUUUGGUGCACGGUUGGCUGCUAUUAUACUCAAUAAUGCAAAGUUGGAAGAAAGAUGGCGUUGCGAAGUUAAGGAGACUACUUUGAGAUUGAAAUACUUGAGAAAAAGAGUCUUGGACAAAUUAACCGAAUUAAAGACUCCAGGAAACUGGACAAAUGUUGUGGAACAAAAUGGUUUGUUUUGGUUUUCUGGAUUGACAAGUGAACAAAAUUCAAAGUUAAUUAAAAAACACGUUUAUUCCACAAGUAUGGGAAGAGUUAACAUUUCCGGGUUAAACGAGAGGAAUAUAGACCACUUCUGUAGGGCCAUUGAUGAAGUAGUUAGAGAGGAAUGA